AUGUCGUCUGAGUGCGACGGUGUCGCCGCCAAGCCCAGGCCGGGCCACGCGGACCAGGGUUCGGAGGAGGCGGCAAAGGAGCUGGAGGACGUGACUUCCAGCGUCGUCCGCACCAUGGAGGAAGUGCAGAGGAACAUUUGUAUGCAGGAAACCGUGCAAAGCACCCGCCAACUCGUCCACCAGGCGUUGAGUUGCACGCCGAGGGAACGUGUGGCGAAAAUCAACGAGCAGUUCCACGUCAUAAAGGACCUGGUCGAGUCGCAGCUGGCGGACGACGAGCUCAGGACGCAGACGUUGCAGUGUAUCGAGAAGAGCAUCAUGUGGGAGAGGCCGGCCGAUACCAUCGCGCGGGAGAUCGUGGAGCUGUGUUUCCACAGCCUCGGUACGCAGACCAGCGUGCCGCAGUAUGAGGUGUGCCUGCGCAUCCUGAGCAACCUGCUGGAUGGUUCGCUGGUGUGCGCGGCGUCCAGCUCGUUCGACGCUCUGCUGGGGCUGUUCGCCAGGCUGAUAGAGGGCGUGCCCGUGGACAACGGCGCGUCUGCGGACGACACAAACGAAGGCGAAUGCAGCAACAACGAAGAGAGAGCGCGGCGCAUGCAAAUGUUGUCUGGAGUGUUCGAUUUGCUGAUCAAGCAGAAAUCGCACUCCAAGUACUUCACCAAACUCCUCCCCAAAAUGGAAAAGUUCUUCGCGAGCGCCAAGAUAGAGAACGACGAGUUCCACUACGCAGUCAUCAAGGUCACCUGCCAGACGCUAAAAACUUGCGCCAACGCAACCGAGAUGAACGUGAAGGACGUCGAGCUGCUUACUAGGAACGUGUUCAACGCCAUAGUGGAGCUCCUGCAGCAGGCGGACUCCUACGACCGCCGCGCCGCGUUGAUGGCCUGCAUGGCCCUGCUCACCGGCAGCGGCCUCAACAAGACCCUGCUGGCCGAAAUCACCGCGGGGGACCUGCUCUUCAGGCUCAACGAGGGCUGGCAACACGAGGCCAUGGUGGGAAUCUGCAUCAUAUCGGUUUUCAUAGAGUGCCUGCACCACAUGCGCGACGAGGACUUCACCGCCGUCGCGGACAACUGCCUCAGGCUGCACAACGUGUACUCCAGCACCGACGACUACCACAUGCGCGAAAGGCUCAUCGCCUUACUGCACGCGUUCACGAAGAGGCUCAGGGGCGCUUACGACGAUAUCAACUACAACGACCUGCCCAUGUUCCAAGACAUUGCGGCCGUGCUCUUCCACAAGGCAACGCACGAAAUACAGGCGCUCAACGCCCCCAGGGCCAUGUGGAACGACGGCGCCUACGUCAAGUUCGUCAAAUCGACCAUGCCUGCGCUCAUCAAGAUGGCGGUGAACUGCGUGGCGGCCAUAUCAGUGGCGGAGCACGCGGAGAAGCCAAAGCCCAGCACGCCGAACAACACGCCUGUGCUCGGAAUAGCCGUGCAGGACGGUGGCGACAGGUCAACCACGGUGGUAAAGGUGGAGGAGGAAAAGCUAGCAGUCGGUUCGGCGGUUGAAGACGAGCCGCAGCUGCCGCUGACCAAGCGGAAGCUGACGCAAAUAGAGUCCCUGGAGAUAUGCAAGAGCAUCUGCUCUAUAUUCAACGCGGGUGCGACGGCAAGGGCCGUGAUGAACGACCGAGAUAAGUUGGGGGGCUCGAAGGACCACCUGCUGGAUCAUCGGGAGAUCAAGACGUUCAUCAAAAUGGCGCUGAAAAUGUUCGUCGGCGCAUUCAGGCCCACGGCGCUGAAACAGUGGAUAAAGCUCUUGAUUCCGGUGGUCUUCGUCAUGAGCCUCAAGGACAGGUUCGUGAUCACCGUCCUGGACUGCUUCAGAAAGGGCUACGUGGAAACGUUCGCGCCGCACAUGCUCACCUUCAUCCUACAAGUGCUCAAGAACAAGAGCAACGUGGUGGACUACGUCAAAAAGGUGGCCGCCUACAGCGAAGGGGUCAUCGGCCUUUUCUCGCUCAACGACUGGGAGCCCCGCGCCAACAAGCUGGUGGAGGAGGACGGGGAGGCGAUGCUCGACCUCGCCCAGGCGAUUGCAAGGCACAUGUUCAAGUCGUUCUCCGACGUCCCGGAGGCCUUGACGGCCUGUCAGGUCGAAAUACGGUACCUCAUGACGGCCAUCUCCAGGCUCAGUGUCAAGCAGACCCACCCGUACAUCCCCGUGGCAACUGCCAUGUUCAAGGGCAUCAACAAGUUGCAGGAGCACUCGGGCGCGCUGCAGGUGCUGCGCGUGCCCAUCGAGACCAUCGUGCGCAAAGUCGUCAAGGGCGGGGCGCACGCGCACCGGGACUGGCUGAAGCUCAUGAUGGCAACCGUCGCCAGGGGGCCGUUCAAGUCGGAAGUGGCGACCAUGUGCGCCAAGCCCGUGCUGUGCAUACUGCGGGAUUUCAAGUGGGACCUGGUGCCGGACGUGCUGGAAAUGCUGGACUCGUGGGCGGAGAACCUCCCGCCGGAGGAAUUCUACAGCCUACUGGCGCCGGUCACCAUAUACAAAACCUGCACGGUCAAACCGCACUUCAUCGAAUGCCUCAGCAAGUACCUGCAGGACGAAACGCUGCCCCGCUUCAGGCAAAAUGCGCGGCUAAUCAUGCACAUGCUUUCCAAGAUCGGGUCGUACGCGAUUAAGUAUACCAGAGACCUGCCUCUCACGCGCGACAUACCACACGCCAUCGCCGUGCCAGUAGAGACGUAUCAACUGGGAAUGGACGACGGUGACGAUGAGCUGUCAACCGAUAUACCAUUGUCCCGACUCAGCUCGGACGACUCCACCUCCGGCAUGACGGACUACACCGCGGUGUCGGAUGAGAAGGCAGAUGCCACCCCAAAGGAAAGCGUAGACACCUUCGACUUCGAAAGCAACUACUCACGAUCGGGUUCCGACUUGAACGACAUGUCCGAGGAUAGAAAGGCGACGAGCGUCGUUGCGCUCGGUAUUCCUGUGCUGGAUGGGCUAAAGAGCGUGAUACGGCAGGUGUCGAGGCCAGGUCUGAACGAAACUGAGUUCGAAGGAGCCGCGGUGUUUGUACUCAACGCAAUUACGCCGAUGAUGGACUUCUCAGUAUCGCUUUCGGAGUGUGGUCUGAAGAUAGCGGGCAUGGUAGCCGGGAACCAAUCUAGUGAGGGCGAAGGCACCAAGUACCAUAACAUGGAAGCGACGAAGGAAUUUGUGUUUACCAUGAUGCAUGCAAUGGUUAAGGCGGGCGCGGUGGGUAGACGCCGCUUUUCGGAGUCGCAGGCCUAUCGUGAGCUCGGAAUGCUGAUGGAUGCGCUCGUAGGGCACAUAGUUAUCGUGGCCAAGACGCACGUCAAAACCACUGCGGACGUUUGCGUUGACCCUGGUUUGGUGGUGCAGGGAGUCGCAAACAGGCUCCUGGCCGCUCGCGAAGAGACCGGAUACAACUUUGGGAUGCCAUGCGAACACGUGGACCCUUUGGAAGUGGAGGUUGCAACGGAGUUCCUGAGGAGUGUGUUCACCGAGGCGCAGACCAACCAGUGUGGCAAAUUGUGCGAGACCAUCAUCACGAUGCUGUGCCUGGGGUGCAAUUCGUACGACUCCGACCAGAAAGUUGGCGCGUGUUUGGCACUGGGGAAGAUAUGCGAAGAUCAUCCAAACGUUGUGCAGCCUCUGGUGCUGGAUGUUGCCAACUGCGUUGCGCAGCUCAGCGACGGUGACGCCGUGGCUGUACAGGCCAUGCGUAAAGCCCUGGAGGCGCUCCACGUGGCCGAUGAGGCCGCCGUAAUACAGUGGGCAGCCUCGCUGCUCGAGCAUCCAGCGUGGUACCUUCGGUCAGCCGGGCUGGUGUGCCUCAGGGCAGCAACCAACACGCAAGAGGUAGCGGAUAAGCUGCAGAAAAUAAUCUCCGUUGCGCGUGAACUGCAAACCCCAGAUGUGCAGUUGUUCCUAGCGACCAUGGAAAAUGGCGACGUCUCCUUGCUACAAGUGGCUAUGGGUAACCUGCAGGUCUAUGUCCAGUCCAUAAAUGACGGAGAGGAAGCUGACCCCGAAUUCAGCGCACAGGUCGAUGCUUACAUCGAAGCACUCGGGGUGCUGCUGACAAGCGAAGAGUACGCUAAGAUGGCAGAGGAGCUGGAGGACACCUUCAACCUCAUCCUUGUCUGGUUCUUGAAGCUUAUGAUAACGGGGGGGCCGGAUGUUGCGGAAAAGGUCAAAAAGGUGCUGACAAACUCGAAGAACGCUAUCGUUCGCCCCAGGACACUCUCCAUGGCGCUGGAGGAAUAUAUUUUCCAGCUGCAGACUAUAUUCGACGACGGGCUGCUUGAAAGGAUACUGGAUGUCCUCAAACCGUACAAGGAUGUGGUUGACGACGGGCUUCGGGAAUCGCUGUUUAACGUUGCCAAGGCCCUGAUAGAGGGCACGCUUAACUCCUCCAUCAACGACGAGCACCAAAAUGCGCAGUUCAUCGAUUACAUGAUUUUCAUAGCCAGCAUAGGCGCGGGCAGGUCGUGCGCGGAUGUCAUUUUCAACCAGUGGUUCAACACGAUCGACUGUCUCAGGAAGGGCGUGUUUAUACCGGGUUCGGUAGCGUACGGCAUAUGGCAGGUCCUCCACCACGACGGCGUGGUGUACAACCUGUUCAACAACACCAUGAAGAUGGAGUGCCUGAGCUUCUUCUACUUCGUCAGCGGCAAGUCUGACGUCGAGUACGUGCUUCGGAACGCCUUGGGCUCGUUAGACUCUGGAAAUGACAUUCCGAACCUGUUCUACGUGUCUCUGAUACACUGGCUUUGCAAAAUUGAUGCCAAACAGGUUACAGACUACAAGCACUUCAAGAAGCUGGCAGACGCGAUGCUGCGUAUCGCUUGCAGCAGCAACAAGCAACUUGACGACCUCCUCAGUCCGCCGUUCGAGCUCGAUAACGGCCGUCUGGUCCGGUGGAAGGUUGCGUAUGUGUGCGCAGCCGUGUUGAUCAAGGUGUUGCCGAUUUCGACACUGCGUGAAAAGAUUAACGACAUAAUGAGCCACAAGCAACGGGAAGAAGAGAUGUCCAAACUAGACGAGUUCCUUUCCGACGGGUUCCUGAAUUGCUACGUAUCCGGAAGAGAUGCUUGCAUCGCUAACCCGAUAAUCGGCGGAAAUAUAUUUGAAAUGCGCAAUUAUCAGCUGAAACACCUCAUUGGGAUGCUCAGCAAAGAAACGCGCAGCCAAUUAGGACCCGUCGUUGAAGAGAUUGUCGAGUUAUGUUGGCAAUCGUCGGAGGACGGUGACGCAAUGGGGAAGCUGCUGGCCGUAAUAUGCCUGUCCAAGCUGGUAGAAGUGAACGAUACACCUGCAGUUGGCGCAGCAGCGGUGCUCAAGAGGUAUCUGGAUGUGAUGGCGACAGAGGGUGUUUAUGUGUUUUUGAAUAUGCACCACACGGUACAGCUGAGGUGCUCCGGUGAUGAGGAUGGGCGUUCUUACACACUCCUGCAACUGCUCAGGGAGUCAGCAACGAUAUUGGUAAAGGCGCUAUUUGGCAUAUCUGUACCAGCGGAUGUCGGCAAGACGAUCAAAGACAUCAAUGUCACAAGCACCCAUAGACUGCCGCUAUGGAAAUGGUUGCUGCUGUCAAAGAUAAAAGAAGUCGCAGAAAAGCCUAGGCUCAUGAUUCCGUUUAUGGCGGCAUUUGUCUUGCAUUUGCACCAGGAUGCCACAUUGUUCGAGGAUGCCAUUGCCGAAGUUAUACGGGUAGUUCACUCCGACGUCCACGCGUCAUCCAACGUGGUGCAGGGCGGGGCGUUGGACGCCUUUUUCGGAUCCGUGGCAGUUGCCGUAGAACAUGGGCUCGACAUGGAGAUCGAGUUCGUGCAGCAAGCUUGCGUGGACGUGCUGGUGGUUUGCUUGGGGUCGGAUGCCGCUUCUGUCGCUGACUUCGCACCCUACGUAACACUGGUGGUCGAUCUCCUCGGGAAGACGCAAAGGUACGAUUUGCUGAGUAAUGCGCUCAAGGAGGUUUAUAAUACCAAUCAGAGCGAUGCCCACUAUCCGUUCAACCAAUGCCACUUGCGUGAUAACGAUACCUUCUGCCUUCACCCGGGCGUAGGUACCUCCUAUCGCCCACACGGAGCGCCGGAGUCCAGCGUAGCGGCGUACGUGAGAAGUACAGACCAGCUGACGCGUAUAAAGGCCAGAAGUGUGACCAACUGUAGUAUUGUGCUUCUGGAUAUACUCGACCGCAUGCUGGAUCAAACCAUUCCACGGCCGAGCGCAGCCGAUCAUAUCACUGAGGUAUUGUCUUCGGUUUGGACGCUGAAAAACGCCAGAGUUGUUGAACUCAUCGAGUCCUGCAUUUAUAAAAUGUGUUAUCUAUUCAAAGAUGGAUUUAUAGGAAUCAAACCGCCGAAUUCGACGCUUCUACCACAACAGGAAGACGCGGAAAGCAAAUCACCAGUUGACAACAAUAACGAUGCUUUGGGGCCUACGGAACUGUUGAACACGGUGAAUGCGCAGUCAGAAGAGACAGAUGGCACCACUGCCACUAAGGCGCCGGUCAACUGCUUCCCGCUGUGGCUGGUGAGCAAAAUAGUGACAGAAAUGCAGGAAGCCAGGAAGGACGUUCCAGACAAGUUGGAAACUGAGGAAGAGGAUGAUACGGUGCCUUACGUGGAAUGCUAUUAUCUACAGACAACAGCCGUGGAUUACGUUCACAGCCCCAAGUCGCUGUUGACGAGUGGCAAAGAGUCUCCGCAGUAUUCGUCAUCAUUCUCACGCAGCGAGUCCACCAAUCUCCAUGAUUCGUGGGCGGAGGACAGAACGGCAUCUGAUUGUGAUGUGGGAUCGAGCUUUUCUAACGCCAUCAGAGCGUUGGUGUCGUUGAUCACGGUGCUGAGCGCAGAUCGCAGCCUUUUGCGCCAGGCCAUCAAAUACGUUAUGCCAGAGUUUGUAGAAACGCUACACUACACGCUGUUGCAUCUCGAGGACAUAGACGAUUUUGCUCUUGGAAGACUACGGUUGUGCACCAACGUGUACUCCUUACCGCAUGACGCACUGCAACAAGAGGAGCCGGCAGUCAGUGAUGCCAACGAGAGCAGGAAACUGGAGAACCUUGUGAGCACCGCCAUCUGGGCGAUUCCGAUCGUCGAUGUUGCUGUUAAGCGGAAGAUUCAUGAAGUUGCAGCGUUUUUCACACAAACGCUUCUCCAUCCCUACAACCACGUCCUUAUCAAGGUGGCAAAGGAAAUGUCAGAGCAAACGCAUACGAAUGACACCCCUGUGAAUGAAUCAAGGCAUUCAGAAAGCACGCCGGUUGCCAAAAGUGCUCCGAACACGCCCAAAUCACGUGGGUCAGGUCGUGAAAAGCCGAUGGACCGUUUUGUGACAAAAAUUGCAAGGAGUUCCACUCGCAAGGUUGCCAAGGUCCAGGACGAGAGUUCCAAAGCGGUGGGUAAAGAUCUCAGAUUUGACGCAAAGGGUGAAAUGACUGGUGACUAUCCAGCAGCCGCCAGCCCAGCUCGCACAGUUUUUACCAAGGGUGCGAUAGCGCUAUGCCAAUUCAAUCUGCCACCCCGCGAUAACCUGAAACAGGUGGAGCUCAAAAACUGGAUCAAGGGUGCGCAAAAGGCGUAUCCUAAACAGCUCUUAGAAAAGGGUGACUGCAUCGAUGUCGGUAUGACAUAUCAUGCGUUGGCGCAGCAUGUGAAACGUAAUGUGUUUGCGUCCGUUGAAUAUGACUCUGUGCUUUCCAAAUUGAGGGGCAUGUAUACCGAAAACAGUUGCAGGGAAAUACUGGACCUCGAAUUCAUAUACACGUUGCGCCAUCUAUCCCACCAUGCGACGCUCUCUGGGACGUAUUACGAAAUCAUGCUCACUUGUCUGGACCGACCCCGCCAUGAUGCUCUCCGCAUUAGGAAACAGAUGUUGGCAUACCUGUUGUGCUUAGAAAACAAGCGUGAUGUGUUCCUGGACAUUUUCGACGAGUUUGAAAUCCCCCAAGACCUCUGCUCCAUUCUCAAGUACGUGUUAUCGCCCGAAAUUGGCGGCAACAGAGACAACGAGUACUACAUACCGCUGUAUCUCGAUUUCAUAUUCACGUUGUCAUUGGACAGCUGGGACCUGUCAUUCUCAGACGAGUAUCCGGUGCUACCUACCCUGAUGCCCAGAGACACAACUGUAAAUCCGACCCAAAUGGAGCUCGUGUGCUCGGAGGAGUACAAGGACACGUUUAAAAGCAGUGUUGCGCUUAUCAGGGAUUUCAGGCAAAUGGGUGCGGCCACAAAUAAAACGGAAGAAAGUGAAUCGGAGCCGACGACUCUUGCCUUCCCAGUAGUCGAAAAUCUGCUGAACAUGUGCAGCUCCAUGCUGGUGAAAAUGCAUGAGUACAACACCGUGUACUUCGAAAGUGUCUCGUCGAUGUCGCGGUUUAAAACUUGCUUGAGGAUUAUGUGGCACUCUGACGAAGAGUUUGCAUCGCAGGUAUGGACGACCAUCUUCCCCCAAAUAUUCGACACUUUCACCGCCUUCCAGCAAGAAGACGUGGGUAAAGAUGUGUGCAGGUAUUUGUGUAGAGAGGAGCACCUUUACAACAGGAGUAAUACGUGCAAAACCGUGUUGCAGGGCGCCAUUAACUGCUACCCUCCCAUCAACAUCCCACCUGAGGUGCUCAAGUACCUGGCCGUCACCACAGGUUCGUGGUACGAGUCACUCUACCAUCUGGAAAAGCAGCUGCUAUCGCAGCCUUUAGAUAUCACCAGGAUGGCAACGGUGAUGUCGGACGUCUAUGAGAGCCUCAACAUGAGCGAUAUGGCUAUAGGGGCCUAUCGUACAUGGGUGAUUACGCAGGAGACCCGUCUGGCGAUUUGCUUCCUACAACAUGCAAAGUGGAAGCAGGCGCAGCGCGAAUUCAACGCCAUUAUGGAAUCGUUGGCUGUGACGGGGCAGACGGCUGAGGCUGUGUCGAGUUUCGACGAGUCGAAACUAUGGUACAGCGGGUGGGUGCAGGCAAGCAAGCAACUGGGUGAAUGGGAUCUUCUACGUGACGUGUCUUUCGUUGCUGGGGACCAAAACGUGUUCAUGCAAUCCAGCAGCGCAUUGCAGGAGUGGGGAGAGGUUUUGCCGGAGGACGGCCUGGAUAGCUUAAGCAGGAUAUUCGCAUUGGACAACGCUGAAUGCACGAUCAAUAAAGUAUACCAGCAGCUGCAGAAUGACAUCCUGCCUCUCAGGGAGGUUGAUCAUGGAAUCACGCCAACAUUCACGUUGAAUUGUGCACGAAGAGCCGAUAAAAUGGUUAAAUACGGCAAGAACACGUUGUUGGAUUCAUGGCUACUCCUGCCCAAGGGACUGUGCGAAGCUCACAGGGUGCCUAUUAGGCAGCACCAGCGCUUUGUGGAAAUUGGAGAGGGUAUGAAGUAUCUGACGGAUAUCAUGAGGAACGUGCAUGCUGGCAAGGUGCCAGAAUCUGCACCCAUAGUCUCACAGUGGCGUAAGAGGCUGCCAUUGGCCAGCGACAUGCCGUCCGUGUGGCAUGAAAUGUUGGCCUGGAGGACAUUCCUAUUCUCAACGGUGAAGUCCAUUUUGGCCAAUAGCCACACUGUACCGAAGGAUGCUAAGAUAACUGGGAUGCUCAAUCUGCAGGACCUGCAGUGGACACUAACGAAGUUCGCCUCCAUAACGCGUAAAUCGCACCAGCUGCCGCUGGUGGCGGCAGUCCUACUGAACAAGGCGCACACAUUCCACAGGGAGAUAAUGGACCAGAACAACACGGUCACCGAGGAUUGCCUGGUUAUCAUGAUUGAACGCAUAAAGCAGUACCUGUCCAUACCGGUAAAUGUCCAUGACAUGCUGAAGGGGGUUGUUACGGUAGACCUCGAUCUCGUGCCGGGGUUGGGUUGUGAGACACUCAAGUCACACGUCAUCCGACUCAUGGCAGACGCAAUCAAUCGCAAAGCAGCUUUAGAAGUGCCGAAGAGGCCGAACAAUACGGAUAACGAAUUGGCGGCAAACUUCAUGAUGGACGCUCUCAAGCUUGAACCGAUGCUCUCCAAAAAUUGGAUAGCUUGGGCAAAGUACAACGAUAAGCGCAUUGAUCGUUCGGCUGUGCAACAAUGGAAGUCAGGUGAAGGAACAUUCCCAGUGGAACUUUAUGAGAGCGCCAUCAUGGGAUACCUGACGGCGGUAUCGAUACGCCCACACAACCACUGGCUCCUGAUAGGACGCGUACUCACGCUCAUCAAUGAGAUCAAGUUCAUAUCUCAGAAUAAGUCUUGUAUUGAGACAUUCAAGAAAUACAGUGAGCGUGUUCCCGUCCUAGUGUGGUUGUCGUGGCUGCCGCAGCUCAUCUCGGGACUCAACAGACUAGAUGACGGAGAAAUGCAGCACGUCCUACAGAUGCUUAUGCACCGGUUGCCCCAGCAGGUGUUCUACGCUCUCAGAUGUGAAUACUUCUCUCAAAAUUCGAACGGAGAUAGCGAAAACGGCGCGGAGGUGACUGAACCCGCAACCAUGAAACGCAUCCUGAGCAACCUCAUCGCAUCAAACCCAAAUGUUGGAACAAUGCUGGAAUCAUUUGCUGCCACUGUGACGCAUAUGGGAAGGCCGGAUUUCGUAGACGAGAUACUGUCUGCCACGGAAACCGCGUUCGAGGAGUGCCUCGACCUGCCGUUCAACGAAAAACUGCCGCCGCAUGUUUUCAAUUACUUGGCACUUAAGAUGCCGCAACGAUCGCCGGGGACGAUUGAAACAGGGGAACCGGACUCGCAGCUAGUGCAAAUGAUGAAACAAUUUGACAAGCACUUCAGCGAUGCCAACUCCACACUGAACUGCGGCGAGACGAUGAACUUGUUGCUCAAUUGGAUGACGAUGCUGCACGAGGCCUCGAGAACAUCGCAAAACGACGUUGUGCAGCAGCAAAUGAAUAACAUGAGGGUACACCAGUUUUGCCAACAUCUGCAAAUGCUGAACAUGGAGCUGCAACUGCCAACAAUACGACCCAGCCACGCUCUGUUGAACCCCAAACAGAGAGACUGUGUAGGAGAAUGCAUGAAUGUAGUGGCGUUAUUGCCUGAGGUGAAGAAGCGGCGGCGGGGUGUCCACGUCGUGAAGUCCAUCUCCAUGCUCGCACAAAAUGGGCAAGUGUACGUGUACACCGUACAGCCCCUCCCGCUAGUGAGGCAAAAGUCCGACCAACAUAUCAGCCAGAUGUUGAAACUGUUCAACCACUACUGUAUGAGGUACAACGAAACGCGCAGAAGGGAUGUGUUCAUACCGGUUGUGAACGUGGUAUCCCUCGACCCCUACCUUUGCCUUUACGAGGAGGACGAGCACGAUGAAACGCUCUCUACAAUCUUCUCAGAAUCAGUUUCGUAUCGCAACUUCGUCGUAGAACGUCCUGAGUACAAGAAAUUCAUGAACACGCACCCGUCGAUGUACCAUGAGACAAACAUGUUGCUGCUGGUGCUACAUAAGAUGAUGAUGGAGACGGGGGUGACGCAGCAACUGCUGGAACGCUGGAAACAUUUCAACCCUGAUUGCAAAGACAACCUCUCCUUCACGCAGGUGUAUCAGAUGUUCAAGGAUAAACAGUAUCCGUGGUUCACCACCUGGUACAAAAAAAUCCACCAGGAUGUUCUCAUGGAUGCCUACAGCGAUCUCUGUGCGCUCGUACCUGAUGACAUCCUCCUCAAGUACGCCAUGAGCCGGUUCGACAACUACCAGGAUUUCAUGACGCUAAGGCAAAGAUUUACGAGCAACUACGCGAUACAGGCGCUACUCGGGCUCAUGUUCGUAACCCCGUACGCCACGCCUUGCAAACUGAGCGUGAACUUCAGCACCGGGCAGCUCAAGCAGUUGGAUUUCAGACUCAACUACUCGCGAGAAAUAUUCGUGGAGUACUCCAAGCUGCGGGUCUUCAGGUUCACCCGCAACAUCAAAACUAUGAUCGGACCGGUCUGCCGCAUGGGAAUCAUGCCAGCGGUGAUGUACGCCAUAUGCGCCGCCAUACACUCGUACAAGAUCGACAUCUUGGGAUCCCUGAGUGCCAUACUCAGCGACGACUUCGGCCUCUUCCACACUGGCCCCAACUCGCCGAACAACAAACCAGAUAACCAGGCCAACCAAGCCUCCAGCCAGAGCUCCAACGGCGAGUCGAAGCCCGCUACGCCGGCAAUGGCGCCCAAUCGCGAAAUCAGCCAACUGGAGGAGUACAUUGGGCGCGUGCUCAACUACUGCUCCUACCUCAGGUCGCCCACGGACCAGGAGCAGUGCAACAUGCCCAUCAACAACAUCAUCACGUGCAUCAUCGACGCGUCAGCCGACUCCAGCACGCUGGGUAAGCUGAAAACCAGCUACCAGCCGUGGUUCUAG